CACAGGCAGCAGGGUGUCACACUGGUGUCCUGUCAGAGCCGCAGACUGGCACCACCGCGUCCUGUCCUCCGCACAAUGGCCGAGCAGCAGACCUCAGGGCAGGGGGAAGCCGAGCACCUGGACCCGAUGGAUGACACGGAGCUGGCCCUGGUGGGCAUCAACAUGCUGCUCAACAACGGCUUCAGAGAAUCGGAUCAGCUGUUCAAGAAAUACAGGAAUCACAGUCCGUUAAUGAGCUUUGGAGCUAGUUUUGUGAGCUUUUUGAACGCCAUGAUGACUUUUGAAGAGGAAAAAAUGCAGAUAGCAUGCGAUGACUUGAAAAUGACCGAAAAGCUGUGUGAGAGUGAUGAAGGAGUAAUAGAGACCAUCAAAAAUAAGAUCAAGAAAAAUGUCGACGUUAGGAAGUCUGCCCAGUCUAUGGUUGACCGCUUGCAGAGACAGAUCAUUAUUGCAGACUGCCAGGUUUAUUUAGCCGUGCUUUCUUUUGUUAAGCAAGAACUGUCAGCUUACAUAAAAGGUGGUUGGAUCCUGCGCAAAGCCUGGAAAAUUUACAACAAAUGCUAUGUGGACAUUAACUCCCUUCAGGAAAUGUAUCAGAAGAAGCUAUCUCAGGAAUCCUCUACCUCUGACGCUGCUAAUGAUAAUCACAUUUCUGUUGAGAGUGUCACGGAGGAGGCUCUGAACAGACUGAAAGGUGCUGUGAGCUUUGGCUACGGACUUUUUCACCUUUGCAUAUCCAUGGUGCCCCCAAACCUGCUCAAAAUCAUCAACUUGCUGGGGUUUCCAGGAGACCGUCUGCAGGGGCUAUCUUCACUGAUGUAUGCAAGUGAAAGUAAGGACAUGAAGGCCCCUUUAGCUACGCUGGCCUUGUUGUGGUACCAUACGGUAGUCCGCCCUUUUUUUGCUCUGGACGGAAGUGAUAAUCAAGCAGGACUAAAGGAGGCGAAAGAGAUUCUCCUCAAGAAGGAAUCUGCAUAUCCAAACUCCUCUUUAUUCAUGUUCUUCAAAGGAAGAGUCCAACGACUAGAGUGUCAAAUAAACAGUGCCUUGACCUCCUUCCACACCGCGCUGGAGCUUGCAACAGAGCAGCGAGAGAUACAGCACGUUUGCCUGUAUGAGAUUGGUUGGUGCAGCAUGAUAGAGUUGAACUUUAAGGAUGCUUUCCGAUCCUUUGAACGGUUAAAAAAUGAAUCAAGGUGGUCCCAGUGUUACUAUGCGUAUCUUACCGCAGUCUGUGAAGGUGCAACUGGAGACGUGGAUGGCGCACAGGAAGUUUUCAGAGACGUCCAGAAGCUAUUCAAAAGAAAAAACAAUCAGAUUGAACAAUUUUCAUUGAAAAAGGGUGAACGAUUUAGAAAACAAAAACCAACUAAGCAGCUGUGUAUACUGGCGGCUAUAGAGGUCUUGUACCUGUGGAAAGCUUUACCGAAUUGUUCCUUCUCCAACCUCCAACGCAUGAGUCAAGCUUGCCAUGAAGUUGUGGAUCCAUCUGUAGCUGGACUGAGGAAUUUACUCCUUGGUGCUAUCCAUAAAUGUCUGGGGAAUGUUGAAGAUGCUGUUCAGUUCUUCCAUCAUGCAGUAAAGGAUGAGCAGGGACGACAGCAAAACCUCUACAUUCAGCCAUAUGCUUGCUAUGAGCUAGGCUGCCUCUUGCUGGACAAUCCAGAGACCAUUGGAAAGGGGAAAGCAUUGCUGUUUCAAGCAAAGGAGGACUACACAGGCUAUGAUUUUGAGAACAGAUUACAUGUUCGCAUCCACGCAGCCUUGGCCUCUCUCAGGGAAGUGGUCCCUCAGUGAUGGAGAGGAGGACAUGACACAGCUUUCUGCACUUUACCACACAGCAGGGGAUUAAAAUGGCAGAUUGUGGAUGAUGACACGGUUCUACGAGAGUCCAUAGAAAGCUGCCUGUGUCAGAGACUUGGGACAAUUCACAGUAGCAGGAGAGCUGGAGAGAAAGAAGUCAUGACCAUUUGAAUCUGGAAAAGUAGGACUAUGAUCUAAAGACCAAUACUUGAGGCAUCGCUACAACGGAUGACCGUCUUUAAGGACUGUGGUAGUGACCUGUAUAGCAUGCCUGUUUAACCCUUGUGCUAAUCCAAGUUGAUGCAGCAGUUCAGCAUCACCCAUGGCAUUUUUACUUGGUUUUGACUGGUUUAGUUAUAUGUUAUGUUUCUUAUGCUGUAUUAUAGUAGUAGAUUCUAACAUUAGGCUAAUAUAUUAUCUAUGAAAGGCAAGGUGGUGCUGAGCACCCAAGGCCAGCCAUCAUGCUAAACCCUGACUAGUGUGAGCUGAACUGCUAGAAUUCGGCUGCAGUCGGGCUAGGAUGAGAAAAGCACAUUUAACACACAGUGAUGUACAUGAUCUUUUGCUGUGCCACGUCUGGUCUGCCAUAUUGUAGAACAGGCAAUUCAACAGUAAUGUCUUAGGUGACUGGAUAAGAUUAGAUGUUUUUUCUUCUGGGGAAGUAGAUCGCUUGGUGGGAUGAGAGGAAUAAAGCUUUUAACAUUCUUCAAUAGGAUUUUUAGAACAUUCUGUUAAAUGUUACAUGGGGUAUCCAUUUUCUUUUUGUUAGAUAUAGAUACAGAAUCAUUUUUUAUAUUGGUGUGGACUUUAGUGAACAUUUUACAGUCAAGUCCAACGACUGCAAUUAUAGUCGUUUCAGUUGCGCAGUCAGGGGUAGGUGUGAUAGCGCCCCCUAUUGUUUGUCCUUUGCAUUAAAUAGAUGAAAUACAUCAAUCUACAAACACUUUCUAACACAAAAUAAGAACCAGCCCUGGAGGGUAGGAAGAGGCAAUACAAUAAAGUUGUAGCACUUUUGCUUCUGUACAUACUUGAAAAUGUUACUUUUUAUUCAUAUUCAGGGAUACUUCCAUUCUUGUCUAUUUACUGGGCACUUGAUACCUGUGGAUUAUUCGUGUUCAGUCAUGUGCUACAAAUGUGUGUUUUUAAAGAAGCACUCUCACAAAAUGUUUAUUCACUGACCUGUUAGAUAAGUACAUGAUGUAAACUGUAGUAAAGGUAA